GGCUCAGCUUCUGGAGUGGCCCUGAAUCCAGGACAUUCAGUCCCACAAGAGACCAACAGAACCAUGGCCUUGCCAACAUCUCCACCCCAGGGGUCCUGUGGAAGCCCCAUCUGCCACUUUCUACUGCUCUUCCUUAGUCUUGGGUGGACGCCACUUCUGCAGACCCAGGCUACAAACACCAGCCAGGUCCAUGCUGUACUGACCGACAUCCCUGACUUUGCCAGUUUCCCCACAGGCCUCUUUCUUGGCCUCACGUGUGAUGAGGUAUCUGGCCUGAGCACGGAGCAUGCCCAGGGGCUGGCUACGGCGGUCAGACAGAAGAACAUCACACUCCGAGUGAAUCAGCUGCGCUGUCUGGCACGUCGUCUUCCUAAGCACCUCACCAAUAAGGAACUGGACACCCUCCCACCGGACCUGCUGCUCUUCCUCAACCCAGUCAUGUUUCUGGGACGACAGGCCUGUGCCCACUUCUUCUCCCUCAUCUCGAAAGCCAAUGUGGAUCUGCUCCCACGAAGAUCUCUGGAGCGCCAGAGGCUGCUACAGGAAGCUCUGAAAUGCCAGGGCGUGCGUGGAUUUCAAGUGAGCGAGGCAGAUGUGCAGGCUCUCGGAGACCUGGCCUGUGACCUGCCUGGGAAAUUUGUGGCCAGAUCUGCGAUAUCCCUGCUUCCCUGGCUGGCACGGUGCCGUGGACCUCUGAGCCAGGGCCAGGAAGAAGCAGUCAGGGAGGCCCUGAGGAGCGGAAGAGCCCCGUAUGGCCCCCCAUCGAAGUGGUCAGUCUCCACCCUGGAUGCUCUGCAGGGCCUGCUGGUGGUGUUGGAUGAGUCCCUCAUCCACAGUAUCCCCAAGGAUGUCAUAGCUGAAUGGCUGCAACGCAUCUCCAGGGACCCUGUCUGGCUGGGGCCUAAGCUGACUGACAUGCACCCAAGGUUCCGGCGGGACACACGGGAGCAAGCCUGCCCUCCAGGGCGGGAGCCCAAAAAGGUGGAUGAAGACCUCAUCUUCUACCAGGAUUGGGAGCUGCAUGCCUGUGUAAAUGGCAGCAUGCUGGCCAGCCAGAUGGAUCUUGUGAAUGAGCUUCCCUUCACCUACGAGCAGCUCGGCAUCUUCAAGCACAUACUGGACAAGACCUACCCACAAGGCUACCCUGAGUCCCUGAUCCAGCAGCUGGGCCGCUUCUUCCAAUACGUUAGCCCUGAGGACAUCCACAAGUGGAAUGUGACCUCACCAGACACAGUGAAAACUCUGCUCACAGUUAGCAAAGGACAAAAUAUGGAUGAUCAGGUGAUUGCCCUGAUUGCCCGCUACCUCCGGGGAGGAGGCCAGCUGGACCAGGACAUAGUAAACGCCUUGAAUGACAUCCCUUUAACCUUCCUAUGUGACAUCAGCCCCCAGGAUCUGCACUCUACCCCCACCAGUGUUAUACGGAUGGUUGGGCCUCAAGACCUGGACAAAUGCAGCCAGAGGCACCUGGACGUCCUCUUUCAGAAGGCCUCCUUAGCCUUCCAGAACUCGAGCAGGCCGGAAUACUUUGAGAACAUCAGGACAUUCCUGGGGGGGGCCUCCACGAAGGACCUUCGGGCCCUCAUCCAGCAGAACAUGGGCAUGGACUUAGCCACGUUCAAGAAGCUGCAGGUGGAUGCGGUGAUGGGGCUGACUGUGGCUGAGGUCCACAAACUUCUAGGGCCACACAUCGUGGACCUGAAGGCAGAGGAGGAUAAAAGCCCUGUCCGGGAAUGGCUCUCCCGGCAGCAGCAGAAAGACCUGGACAGCCUAGGCUUGGGACUUCAGGGUGGCAUCCCCAAUGGCUACCUGGUCCUGGACCUCAGUGUCCGAGAGGCCUUCUCCAGUGGAGCCUCACUCCUUGGACCAGGAUUUGUAUUUGCAUGGAUUGCAGCUCCGCUCCUGGCUUUGGGUCUGAGCUGAGACCACCACCCCUAAGGCUCCUGGCCCCAGCCCUACUUUGGGGCCCCAUCUUGACCAGGAGCAAGUCCAGGGGGUCAUUGCCAAAGCUUGAGGACUCUUGAACCCAAUAAACAGUGGUGUGUGCCCCUUAA